GAUAUAAAGUUCAUUCACUUGAUCAAUUAUGUUUUCGUUUGCAAAGAAGUUAGUAGAUAAGUUCGAUGGUGGAAGCGCUUCCGGUGACUCUGAUGAUUCAUACUUCAAAAGCACUAUCAAGAUAAAUAACAAUGGAUAUGGAUUGCGUGUUCUCAACAUUGUCCCACAUUCAAUUGCACAUGAGAAGGGUAUCGAGUCCUGGUUUGAUUACAUUGUUCGUAUCAACGGCCAUGAUUUGCCUAUGAUGAAUCCAACUUUGUCGCAGUACGCAUACAAUAUCAAUGAAGAUGGCUCCGUCAACUACGGUGGAGCUGCUACUCGAGAGCAAGUUGGUGAGAUUAAUUUCCAACUUUUAUACCAGGAAUUGUCCACCAUUGCCACGAAUCCUAACGGCUCUCAUGAGGUUGUCUUCGAUGUGUGGAAUGCUAAAGGAGGUGUAAUCAGACAAGUGGUUUUCCCCCUUACAGGUCCCACUGAAACUGCAGAUGCAAACACAGCCGAAGUUCCUGGUGUCCACGACUUGUUCAAAGAUACGUUUGCUCAAUUAGGUCUUACAGUUCAAUCCCAACACGUCACCACUGCCAACUACGUGUGGAGAAUCUUAACUACACAUGCCGGAUCUCCAGCUUUCCAAGCUCAAUUGGUCCCAUACUCAGAUUAUAUCAUCGGUUGUGACUCUGCGUUCAGUGAUGCUCCAGGACAUCAAGGUCUUCUUGGUGCCGGUGGUGAAUCCUUAUUGUCUGGUGUGGUACAAAACUACUAUAACCAUCACUUCUCUUCUACUGGAGAAGAUUGCGUUCCUAUAACAUUAUAUGUCUACAAUCAUGACUACGAUGUUUUGCGCCCCGUUACUGUGAAUUUAUCUCGUGCUUGGGGUAAUGGCCAACAACGUGGUAUCUUGGGAUGUGACGUAGGGUAUGGACUUCUUCAUAGAUUACCAGAAGUUGUAGGAAAAUUUGCUGAAUCCGGAUUAGCUGAUGAUGUUCUCUUUGAAUCUGAAGGUACAUAUUCAUACCAAAAUCCUUCAGAAACACAGCCUUCUCAUAUUUCUCCUUCUGUUCCAGCCAGUACUUUCAUUCCCCAAAACACUAUUCCUGCUCCACCUAGAGCAGGUCUUGCUAAGAAGAAGAAGCAUCCAACUGCUGCCCAAACUGCCAUUCCUGGUCUCAAUGAUUAUAUGAACGAAGAAUUAGCAAAAUCAAAGGAAUUGGAUACUCAAGGAGGAUCUAAAACAGCUGUUGACGCUUCUCUUCCUCCCCCACCUCCAAAAUCUCUGUAACCUAUCAAUCUAAAUAUAUAACGACAGCACAA